UUGCAGCGUUGUUAUUGUUGACUCGUGUUUCCUUGGCCGCCUUCUGCUCCUUCCUGCACCCUGCGCUUGUUUAACCUGUUUUCACUUGUUGCCUAUCUGUAAAGUGGAGGAAAGAGUGCAAAAGACUCGAAAUGGUGCACAGGAAUUGAGGGAGACCGCAGAAAUUAAGACAAGUGUGGAUUUAAGAAGCAGGAAGACGCAAGGUACAGCAGCAGGAUGGCGCAGUACAAAGGUGCCGCCAGCGAGGCUGGCCGUGCCAUGCAGAUCAAGAAGAGAAGGGAGAGGGAGCAGGAGGAAAUGGAGCAAAAGAAGAGGAAACUGGAAGAGACUCUGAAGAUCAACAAAAUUGAGAAUAAAUUUGCAGUUCAUUAUGAUGCAGUGGAGCAGCAGCUGAAGAGUUCCACCAUUGGUCUGGUAACACUGAAUGAGAUGAAGGCAAAGCAGGAGGAUGUUGUGAAGGAGAGAGAAAAGGAACUAGCUCGCAAGAUAAGAGAACAAGAGAAGCUGUUGAAGAAGGAGAUUGAAGCCAAGCAAGCCAAGAAGAAGGAGCAGAGAGAAAAGAUUGCAAAGCUCAGUUUCUGCCCAGACGAUGAUGAGGAAGAAGAGGAGGAAGAGGAGGGAAGCGAGACGGAGAAAAACGACAAAGCAGAGGAAAGUGACGCAUCCACUAGUGAGGGGGAGGCUGACAAGGGAUCCAAGUCCAAGAUGAUCAAGAACCCUGAUGUGGACACCAGCUUUCUGCCAGACCGAGACAGAGAGGAUGCCGAGAACAGACUGAGGGAGGAGCUGAGGCAGGAAUGGGUUGCCAAACAGGAGGCCAUGAAGAAUGAGGAGAUUGAGAUCACCUUCAGUUACUGGGAUGGCUCUGGUCACCGACGCUCUGUGAGAAUGAAGAAAGGCAACAGUGUGUACCAGUUUCUGCAGCGUGGCCUGGAGAUUCUGCGCAAGGAGUUCAAUGAGCUGCGAUCCGUCUCAGCCGACCACCUUAUGUACAUCAAGGAGGACCUCAUCAUUCCCCAUCACUACACCUUCUAUGACUUCAUUGUCAACAAGGCUCGAGGCAAGAGCGGUCCGCUGUUCCACUUUGACGUCCAUGAUGACAUCAGGCUGGUGAGCGAUGCGUCGGUGGAGAAGGAGGAGUCCCAUGCUGGCAAGGUGGUGAUGCGCACUUGGUAUGAGAGGAACAAGCACAUCUUCCCUGCCAGCCGGUGGGAGCCAUAUGACCCUCAGAAGAACUACGAGAAGUACACCAUCAAGGACAAGAACAAGAAGAAGUAGGAAACUUCAUCAUCAGAUGUGUCUGCGUUUGCUCACAAGUACAAAGACAUACUGUGUGUCCUACUGCCAGCCUCUACAGCAGUCAUUGUUCUGAACACCCCAGAGAGAGAGUGUGUGUGAUUGUGUAUAUGGUGUGUGUGUGUGUGUGUGUGUGUGUGUGUGUGUGUGUGUGUGUGUGUGUGUGUGUGUGUGUGUGUGUGUGUGUGUGUGUGUGUGUUUGAACUAAAAGAUACAUGCAUCCUAUCAUUUAGAAGAUGCUGUAGAUAGUUUUGAACACCCCAGGGAGAGAGUGAGAAGUGUGUGUGUCUGUGUGUGUGUGUAUUUACUUGCCUCAUCAUGUAGAAGACGCCAUAGAAGGGUCAGUUACAUUACCAUUAGAGCAUUAGCGUCGUGGAUUGUGUGUCUGCAGCUCCUUGUGUGCAGAGGCCUGGAAAGGGCUUGGGUCUUAGGUGUGGCUUUUGUCCACUGCUGUAGGUGAGUCUUGUUUGGCUUAUGCAGGUGAUAGAACAGCUCUAGGAACAUUUGGAUAUUAUUAAGUCCCUUGUUCAGGCUUAUUGACAUGGUGAGACUUACACAGGGCACUCUCAGGAGCAGCAGCAUGUGAGGGUGCUAAUGGAGCUGCUAGGGCUGGUGUGAUGGACUGUGGGUGAUCCUUAUUUUGUUAUUUGAAAUUCACUGCCAGCAAGGGUGAGUAUAUGACACACUCACUCUGACUGCUCUUAUAUGUGCCAGGUUUGGGGUGUAAGGAAUUCCAAAUGUGGCACCAUGGCAGUGUGGUGGUGUGGUGUUCCAGUUAGUAGUCAAGCAAAUAAAGGUUGUCAACUUGUGGUGGCUUGCACCUUCACUCUGACAGUAAAGCCACAUACACAGCCAGUGUGCUGGCUGUCACUGAUGAAUGUUGUGUGUGUAGGUGGCUCACCAUGUAAAGGCAUUUUUAGAAACAGGUUAGUGCUAACCCUGGCACAUUAAGGCCUGUGAGGAAAUUGACAUUCAGACAUUCAGAUAAGAGAGAGUUUCAAAGUUCCCCCCAGUUCUUAGCAAUUGCAGUUUUGUAUAAGUAACUGCAUUUCCCUGACAUUGUUAUUCAGUAAAGUAAAUAGGUAAAAAUGCUUACAGUAAUUAAAGAAAUAUAAUACUAUCAUUUUAAGUUCGGGAAUUAUAUCUUUUGAUUCAUGAGAUAAAGAGUGUAGUACAUGUCUCCUAGAAAAAAAAAAUGAUGAUUUUGUUUCCGGCAUUGUACAUUUGUUCGUACAAAGUGAGAAACAUGAUGGUUGUAUUACUGUUUUAUGGAGAGUAUGUCCUUCCCAGCAGUGUUGUACUUACUUGUAGUGAUGUUGCUUUUUGACACCUCACUGGCCUUGUGUCAGCCUGAAGGAGAGCGUGCCUGGGAACUGUGACAGCAGGGCAAGUCUUCACUGCCUCAUUCUAGCAUUACUUUUGUACAUAGGUUAUGUAUGGUCUGUGUGACUGGACUGAGUAGCACUUUUAUAAUCUGUUGGAAGGUUAAGUUUGACAGCAAGCCACUGCCAGCACACCUGAACGGUGAGGGACACAGUGGUCAGACCUGGCAGGUGUGUGGGUGGCUGGUUUAUCAAUAUUUUUACUGUGCCCAGACUUCUUUUUAUUAUGUAAGUAUAUUCAUAUAUUUAAUUUAAAUACCAUAUAGUUUUUUUUA